AUGAGUGUAAAAUAUGCAUAUCAUGAGACGCUGAGCGAUGUCCUCUUGCACAACAACCCUCCUCCUCCGCCGCCGCCUGCUGGGAAUCGGGACGUGGGACGCUUAGUUUCGGGGCAUAGGCCGCUAGUUUUCGCCGGAGAGGAAGAUCCGGUGUUGCUUGAAGAGUGGAUCCGGUCCCUCGACAAGAUCUUCGCCGUUGUGGGUUGCCUAGAAGAUCCCCGUGUGGAGUUGGCAUCUUUCUACUUCAGCCACGAGGCCGACCUCUGGUGGGUGCACGAAGGCCUCGCGUGCCAAGAAGAGCCUGGUUUUGGUUGGUCAGCUCUGAAGGACAAGUUAAGGGAAAAGUUCUACCCAUCUCACGUUAGAACGACCAUGUACGAAGAAUUCUUGCAUCUUCAGCAGGGGUCGUCAUCUGUGGUGGAAUACCACAAGUGUUUCCUUGAGCUCGCCCAUUUUGCUCGGAUGUUGGUUCCCACCGAGUUAGCAAAGGUGGAGAAGUUCGUGGCGGGGCUCAACUAUGAAUCCCGGAAGGCGUUGACUGUGAGUAAGCCUAGGACGCUAAAUGAAGCCUAUCUGAGUGCAGCCGAUCUGUAUCAAGUGCAGCAGCUUCAGUGGGGGUCGUUUGAGUUGGUCAAGAAGAGAAGUGAAGGAAGUGGGUCCCACAGUUUCAAGAAGCCGAGACAAGAUUUCAGAACCAGACCCGCGCCCCCUCCGUCUCAAAGAUCGACUCGGGCCGAGAGUGGUGCACAAGUGAGGACUUUUGGGUGCAAGAAAUGUGGGAAGGACCACGUUGGGAAGGAUUACCAAGGGCUUGCGCUUCGAUGUUUCAAGUGUGGGGAACGAGGCCACAAAGCUUUCGAGUGCCACCUCCAAUCUAACCAGGGAGCCUUGCCGUCCAAUGCGAGACCUAGCGAAUCUUCGGGAGGGAGUUCCGGUCGAGGUGUUACAGGGACGAGGCCUUCGGGCAGAGUGUUCGUGAUGGGUCGGUCGCAGGCCGAGACUGAGGGUUUGGUGGAGGAAGAGUCUGCAGGUAACCUUUCCCUUUCUUGA